CAGCCAUUAUUCAUCUUCAUCAUCUCAACACCAUUCGAUACUUUUCUUCGAAAGCUCGAACAGAGCUCUAAUGGCGGCCGAGACGUGCUCCGCCGUAGCCCUAGCGCCGCUCCUCGGCGGCAACUCCACGGCGGCGGCGCAGUACCUAUGCAACCAAUUCGAGGCCGUCUCUCUACAACUCACCGAUGCUAAAUCGGCGAUCGAUUCCACCUACCUUCUCUUCUCCGCCUACCUCGUGUUCGCGAUGCAGCUCGGCUUCGCCAUGCUCUGUGCCGGCUCCGUCCGCGCGAAGAACACCAUGAACAUCAUGCUCACCAACGUCCUCGAUGCCGCGGCCGGUGGUUUGUUCUACUAUCUCUUCGGUUUCGCGUUCGCGUUCGGAGCCCCAUCGAAUCCCUUCAUCGGACGCCAUUUCUUUGGGCUCAAGGAGAUCCCGAAGAUCGGCUUCGAUUACUCCUAUUUUCUCUAUCAAUGGGCGUUUGCCAUCGCCGCCGCCGGAAUCACGUCGGGAUCCAUUGCCGAGAGGACUCAAUUCGUCGCUUACCUCAUUUACUCCUCAUUCCUCACCGGAUUCGUCUACCCGAUCGUCUCCCACUGGAUCUGGUCCACUGAUGGCUGGGCAUCCGCUUCGAGAUCCGCCCCUCACGGUCUCCUAUUCGGCUCCGGCGUCAUCGAUUUCGCGGGAUCCGGCGUCGUUCACUUGGUCGGCGGCAUUGCUGGUCUCUGGGGAGCCCUAAUCGAAGGUCCACGAAUCGGGCGAUUCGAUCACGCCGGCCGAGCCAUCACUCUCCGCGGCCACAGCGCAACCCUCGUCGUCCUCGGCACAUUCCUCCUCUGGUUCGGCUGGUACGGCUUCAAUCCCGGCUCAUUCAUCACAAUCCUCAACUCCUACGGCCCGAUCGGAUCAAUCAACGGCCAAUGGUCCGCCGUCGGCCGCACGGCCGUCACCACAACCCUCGCCGGCUGCUCCGCUGCCCUAACUACUCUGUUCGGCAAGCGCCUUCAAACAGGGCACUGGAACGUCACCGACGUCUGCAACGGCCUUCUCGGCGGCUUCGCCGCCAUCACCUCCGGUUGCUCCGUCGUUGAUCCUUGGGCCGCCGUCAUCUGCGGCUUCGUCGCCGCUUGGGUCCUCAUCGGCUUCAACAAACUCGCCGAGAUCUUCAAAUACGACGAUCCUUUAGAAGCCGCACAACUCCACGGUGGUUGCGGCGCUUGGGGCAUCAUCUUCACCGCCCUCUUCGCCAGAGAAAAGUACGUCAACGAAGUCUAUCCGGGAAGAGAAGGGAGACCAUACGGUCUCUUCAUGGGCGGCGGUGGCCGGUUACUCGCCGCGCAUGUUCUACAAAUCGUGGUGAUCAUCGGUUGGGUGAGCUGCACCAUGGGGCCAUUGUUCUACGGCUUGAACAAGAUGAAGUUAUUGAGGAUUUCAACAGAGGACGAGAUGGCCGGCAUGGAUCUCACUCGCCAUGGCGGCUUUGCUUAUGCUUACCAUGAUGAGGACUCUAGCGGCCAUGGCGGCGGGCCAGGGCUGAUGUUGAAGAACGUGAGAGUGGAGCCUGGUCCUACUCCCACUACUCCAAGUUCCGGUCAAACUUAGCCGCCACCGCCGCCGCCGCCAUUGACGGUGAAAGAUUUGAGCUUUAGGAUUCAGUGGUGAAUAGUGGUUUCCAGAGGAUGCUUGUUGCUUGUGGGUUUGGGAGAAGAAGAUGGAAAAGAGCAUGAGCCACAAAUGCAUGCAAUCCAAUUGGAUUUGGUAUUAGAUGCCAAAAUGGUACUCUGUCAUUAGAAUAAGACAACUGCUUUAACUUUUUCUAGUGGCUGAACAAACUACAAAGACUUUUAUGAACUCUUUUUUCCAUGACCUUUGAAAGUGAUGUGUGCCUUUUGAAAAGUUUCAUCCAUUUUUUUUUUUAGUAUUUUAUAUGCUUCUUUUUUGCACUGUACCCCUUUACAAAUCUAAAAUCACACAUUUGCAUGUGGAGUUUAUCUUUCUA